CAGGAUUUAAAAAGCUGAUUUGAUUUCAGGAAAAUCUUGAAUGUUUGUAGAAUAAGGGGGAUUUAAAUGAUGACCCCGACGGUUUCAGACAUUUUCACUUCAGCUGAUAAAUAUUUGGGAUUUUUAUCUGCUUCCUGUUUAUUGAAGCACAAAAGUAUUUUAGCUGCUUUUUGUCAUCAGUGAAUUUCAGGAAUGAGUCACAGAAGCUGUUGUGUUUGUCUGGAGUUUGACUCAGGAACAAAAACUUCAGAUCUUUUAUUUAUUGUUGGUUGAAUUAAAAAGAUUUAAUGUUUUUGCAGCCAAACCUUGUAACUGAAAAGAGCAAAGUCUGCCAUCUGGUGGUGCAGUCAGGAACUGCAACUGGUUUUUACGUUCUGUCCAUCUCUGGUCCUAAAUCAUGGCUGAAUGACCUUCUCAGGGUUAAAGGUCAAGUUGUCUAGAGCGCAGCUGGUGACCUAAUUAUUAAAUUUAGCUCUGCUGAAGCGGGAAACCUGUUCUCUGAUCUAGUGACGCUUAUUCAUUCAGAUAUUUGUCCUAAUAAAGUGUUUUUAAAGAGCAGAAUGUGUUUUUGUUGUUUUCUCUGUAUUUAACCUGCUUGUUGCUCUCGGUUUGUUCUCACUCUGCCUCCCGUCUCCAUGUCAGGGACUCGGUGUCUGCCGGAGCGACGCUGCAGAAGGUCUACAAGCUGCUGCCGCUGCUGGCCAACAACCGUGAGAGGAGAGGCAUCGCUCUGGACGGGAAGCUGAAGCACGAGGACACCAACCUGGCCUCGUCCAGCAUCGUGAAGGAAGGAGUCCUGAAGGAGGUUCUGGGAAUCAUGGUUUCAUACAAAGUCAUGGUGAAGCUCAUCAUCGGAGGGAUGAUGGGAUCCAGUGAGGUCGGCCUGGAGGUUCCCUUCACACUCAUGCAUCCCAAACCAGAAGCAGUGAAGGAGAGUGAGAUGGAGGAUGAGAUGGUGUUCCAGGAAUUCAAACGCUCCUACCUGAAGGGAAUCAUCGGCGCCGGCGAUGAUGACGAUGAGGAAGGCAACGUGUCGGGCGGAGACGACAUGGCGCCCAAGGAGAAGUAGAGACGGCGACGUGUUGGGAUGCGACAUCACUGUUUUAAUCCCAUGUUUUAGUGAAGUUCGUCUUCCUGCAGCUCAGAGAUUUUAGUUACCGUAGAAACGAGCUGCAGCUUAGGCUCUAACUGAGACGCGUUGUUCUGUGUUUGAACAAUAAAAACUAUUGGACUCCA